AGGUCCUAUAUGUGAAAUUGGAAUGGGAAGAACAGAAGAAAAAUGUGGAUUAAUAAAUAAACUGCUUACAGCUGUCAUCUUCAUUUCUGGAACCAACAAAACUUGCCAUGUGUAAUAAAGUUCAGGAUGAGCCUUUUUCCAAUGAUAUUUUGCUGGAAUCGGAAUCUGAUUCACCCUACCAUUUCGUAGUUGAUUCAAGAACCAAGACUGAAUCCAUGGAAAGCAGCUCCAAUCAUCGUUUAGGGGAGGUAACAUUGAGCUUUCACAUGGAAGAUCAAAGCCAUCAUCAAAUGAUUGUUGAGGAAGACCUGAGAUGCAUUGACCUAUCUCAUCUAUUGACACUGAAAUUUAAUUUAUCACCAUCUCAUGCAUGGUCUAUAGUUGAACAGCUUCAAAAUCUAGGAAUUGAGAGAAGCCUUGAAGAUCAUGAAGAAGUGCUACAAGUCUAUUAUGCUUGGGAUAGUGAAUCAGUUGGAAACAGAUUUGUCUUCAGACAAGACUUUGAGAAGUACAAAUUUUUUAGAAGCUCACAGUUUUGUUCUUUUCAGGUGAUGGAUCAUGGAUGUCAGUUGGAAUAUAUUCCAAAGUCAGCAAGUCUUGCCAAAGAUAUAACUGUUCAGAAUAUGCUUCAUACAAAUGAUCCAGUUCCUACUGUCCAGAAUUACUUGUGGCUGAAAGAUCGAGGCUGGCACUCUUGGAAAAAGUUUUUCUUCAGAGUUCAAGAAAAUGUUCUGAAUAUAUCUCUGUCUGCUGGUGAAAGGAAGCCACAACAGUUACAUCCAUUUGUAGAUCUUCAGAAUUUUGAUAUUUAUAUGCCAAUAGAUGGAGUAUGCUGCAAAGCCCCAACUGCUUUUUAUUUCUGCAUAAAGCCAAAACAAAGAGUAGUAAGAACAAAAAGUGACUUGAAAUGGUUUUGCUGUGACAACCAACAUCAGCGAUAUUGUUGGAUAGUUGCUUUAAGAGUGGCAAAGUAUGGUAAGAAGCUGCAAGAAAACUACAGAGAACUCAGGACAAGGUAUGGUGACAGCACUUUCAGUAACAACAUAGAGACAAAUGAAGGCAUAUUGUUAUCGUAUUCUACGUCAGUGAAAACCGUGGCCAAGGACUUAACUAGAAAGUUUGAUAGACUUGUAGACAGUCCUGAAGAAGCUAAAGCCAUUGCAACAGCUAAAACUCAUGAGUGGAAGAGGAGAUUACCUGUUCUUCAUGGUAUUCAGUCCUAUCAUCAGGGAAGCCACAAGUUUGGUAUCCACAUAGUACAACCUUGGUUCUAUAGUGACAUGUCAAGAGAAGAUACAGCACAAUUGCUGUCUAAGUAUGGAACAGUGGAUGGGGUGUUCCUGGUAAGAGACAGCAGGAGAAAUCCUAACACAUUUGUUCUAUCGUACAUGUAUAACCAAAAGGUUUACCACACACAGAUUGUGCCUGUUGAGGAUGAAACACAGGUUUGUUUUUCUCUGGAUGGUGGAAGAACCAAAUUUUAUGACUUGUUGCAGUUAAUUGAGUUUUAUCAGCUGAACUUAGGUUGUUUACCUACCAAACUUACCCACUUCCUGGUACAUCAUCCUAAAUAAUGAGAUCUUAUACCUAACUACCAACACACCAAAUGAAUGAUGUUUAUCUUUUUAUUUUACUUAAAGUAUAAACUUUCAGUGUUUCAAUAUGUGUGUAAAAUCUUAAUUAAAUCAUUCCUGAUUUAAUGGUAAGGUUUUAUUCUGUUAUUAGUUUUUAAACUGAAAACUAGAUGAUGCUUUAGAUCAGGUUGAAGCCUACAGAAAUAUAAAACAAGGAAUGUUUAACAGGAAGAAUUGAUGUGAAAUAUCAGUAAGUAUAUCUUCACUCCAGAGUAAUUGGUGUCUACGUGUGGAAACUGAUUUAUAUAACAUAUAGUCAGAUUAGAGAAAUGUUUCAGGUGUUACCUGAAGAAUAUGGUGAUAAACAAACAUUGUUAUAUACUUUGUUUUAAGAUAUUUUGGCAAAAAAAAUACAUUGAAGAAAAGUUGAUGAUAUAGAAAGGAAUUCUGACCAUUAUCAAAUAAUAAAUGUACUGAAAGAUAAUAGUAGAACACAGAAGUAUAUUAGAGAUACAAGACAAACAGUCAUAUGAUCGGUAAGCAUUGGCCUUAAGUGGGAAAUAUAAAGCACAAUAACAAAUUUCAUAUUAUUAAUUGAUUCCUUCAGAUCAGACAGUUUUGUUCUUUGAAUUUUGUUGAAGAGUGUUAGACUUUGCUAUAUCUGCACUGGUGGUAAGUGCAGGUAACUUACAAUAUGCAGAUCACAGAUUUGAAUAUCAUCAUUGAACUUGCUCACCCUUUCAGCCAUUGGGGCAUAUAAUGUGAUGGUCAAUCCCACUUUUUGUUGGUAAAGAGUAAUCCUAAAGUUGGUAGUGGGUGGUGUUAACUAGCUGCUUUUCCUUUAGUCUAUUUCUUCCAAAUUAGGGACAGCUAGUGCAGACAAACCUUGAGUAGUCUUGCACAAAAUUCAAACUAACAAACAAAUUUUGCUAUAUAACUUAUUUUGCCAGUUAACUUUGCUUGGUCUUUAGAUUUGUAAAAGCAUUCAUGUCGCUUAAGGUUUUUUACUUUCUUUAGCACUUCUACAGAGUAUAUUAUAUUAAAACGAAUUUGAAUAUGCAAAUGAGCAAGUCAUGUGACACCCACAGCUGAUAU